AAACAGAGAUAAAAUAAAACGCGGUUUUAGCUCCUCCACUAUCCUCUUAGUUGUCCGUCUUUUGUCAUCUCUCUCGCUCACUUCACUUCACUCAACUCACUCACUCACUUCCCUAAACUAUCUUUUCACUCACUCUUUCAAAAAACCCUCACAAAUUCUUAAUUUCUUCAAAACCCUGAACAAACACGCCUCAGAUCUGCACAUUCUACCCUCCCAUUUAUAAAAGUUUCAAUCUUUUUAUUAUUAUGACUCACUAAUUCAAACAAUCGUCUUCAAUGUCAAGUUCCAACCCCAAAAAUCGUCCCAAACCCGGUCCGUGGCCGCCCGCACCCGAUUCUGCUCCUGUUCCUCCUUCCUCUUGGGCUAAACGCACUGGUUUCCGCCCCAAGUUCUCCGGGGAGACUAAUGCCAGCUAUUCCGGGCAAAUCACCUUGACGCCCAAGCCGAAAGAGCCGGAAACACAACCGGAUCUCGAAGCAGCUCGGGCUCGGGUCACUCCGGGGCCGCCGCCGGUGCCAGCUUCGGCACAGCUGGUUGUUAAUGGCGACAGUGAGAAGGUGCAAGCGACGCCUUCGAAUAAGGAUCAGACGGUUAAGAGGAGGAGGGAGUCGGACAAGGGCUUGAGUGUGAAUGGGAAUGGGAACGGGAACGGGAACGGGGUGGCUCCGGCUCCGGCUACGGCGGUGCAAACGGAGACGAAUCAGCAGCAGCCGAGGAGAGCGCCGAGGAAUGAUGACGUGGUGGUGGUUGAUGGUAUGGAUGAUGACGGUUUUGCCCCUAGACAACAGACGCAUAUGAAGUAUGAACUUAGAGACACUCCUGGCCUUGUUCCUAUUGGUCUAUAUGGGUUUCAGCAUUAUCUUUCAAUCUUGGGUUCAUUGAUUCUUAUUCCGCUCGUCAUGGUUCCUGCAAUGGGUGGCACACACGAGGAUACUUCAAUGGUUGUAUCAACGGUGCUCUUUGUAUCGGGAGUGACCACACUUUUGCAUACAUCUUUUGGGUCAAGGUUGCCUUUGAUACAAGGUCCAUCAUUUGUUUUCCUGGCACCAGCAUUAGCAAUAAUCAACUCACCAGAGUUUCAAGGACUGAAUGGCAAUAACUUCAAGCAUAUUAUGAAGGAGUUGCAGGGAGCUAUUAUCAUAGCCUCAGCUUUUCAAGCUAUACUUGGAUACAGCGGACUGAUGUCCUUUUUUUCAAGGUUGAUCAAUCCAGUGGUUGUUGCCCCAACUAUUGCUGCUGUAGGUCUUUCCUUUUACAGUUAUGGUUUCCCACUUGUUGGUACCUGCAUUGAAAUUGGUGUAGUGCAAAUAUUGCUGGUGAUUCUUUUUUCUCUGUACCUCCGUAAGAUUUCUGUUCUUGGUCAUCGCAUAUUUCUAAUUUAUGCGGUUCCCUUGGGUCUGGCAAUCACUUGGGCCGCUGCUUUUCUUUUGACCGAAGCAGGAGCUUAUAACUACAAAGACUGUGAUGUAAAUGUUCCUGCAUCAAACAUAGUAUCUGACCACUGCAGAAAGUACGUUUCCCGGAUGAAGCAUUGUCGAGUUGAUACUUCUCAUGCAUUGAAAUCUUCCCCAUGGUUUAGGUUCCCUUAUCCAUUGCAGUGGGGAACUCCUGUGUUCAACUGGAAAAUGGCACUUGUUAUGUGUGUGGUGUCCAUAAUUGCAUCAGUUGAUUCGGUUGGUUCAUAUCAUGCAUCAUCGCUUUUGGUGGCAUCCAGACCUCCAACCCCAGGUGUUCUUGGUCGAGGGAUUGGUCUUGAAGGCCUUUCUAGUGUCUUGGCUGGUCUCUGGGGUACAGGAACUGGGUCCACAACUCUAACCGAAAAUGUACACACCAUUGCUGUGACUAAAAUGGGAAGCCGCAGAGCAGUCGAGUUUGGUGCGUACGUUCUGGUAGUCUUAUCUCUUGUAGGUAAAGUUGGAGGUUUUAUUGCUUCAAUUCCUCAAGUCAUGGUGGCUGCACUCCUCUGUUUCAUGUGGGGGAUGCUUGCAGCACUAGGAUUGUCUAAUUUACGUUAUAGCGAAGCUGGAAGCUCCCGCAAUAUUAUCAUAGUUGGGUUAUCUUUAUUUUUCUCGCUAUCAAUACCAUCCUACUUCCAGCAAUAUGGUAUCUCUCCGAAUACCAACUUAUCUGUCCCGAGUUACUUUCAGCCAUAUAUUGUUGCUUCUCAUGGACCUAUCCGCAGCAAAUAUGGAGGGGUGAACUAUGUUACAAACACAUUAUUGUCGUUGAAUAUGGUGAUUGCUUUCCUUUUUGCUGUUAUCCUGGACAACACUGUGCCUGGCAGUCGGCAAGAACGUGGGGUGUACGAAUGGUCUGAAGCUGAGGCCGCAAGGAGAGAACCGGCUGUUACCAAGGACUAUGAGUUGCCCUUCAGAGUUGGUAGGGUUUUCCGAUGGGUAAAAUGGGUUGGGCUUUGAGAGAGGAUUUUUUUUUUCUUUUUGCUUGGUGUUGUGACCAUCUUCACAUUGUGAAGCUCAGAAAUAGCGGUUCUUGGGGAAGAUCUCGCGACGUGAUUCUAAAUGUAAGUCCCUUAGGCUUGCAUGGUAAAUAGCUGUCUGGAAACUUGGCUCUUUUUUCAAACACGAUGGGAGUUCUUGGACUAUAGUUCUUAUAGAGAUGAGUAUUUGUGUACAUUUGAGGAUCCAGAGGGAUCUUUUGUUGUUGUAAUUUAAAAAAUUCUAAACAUGUAUGUAAUUUUGAGUCAUUGAAACUGCCUGGACUGGCAUUUCACUUGUGUCCAAGAAAAACAUUUAGAAAUGACCUUUCGCCAUGUAUAUUUUUUCCCAUUAUUUUUUCAAUCAGCUUCUUUAAAUGAAUGCUGGAUUCAAUUCUAUUUUCA